AUGUGGGACUUCUCUGUGCUUAUAAUGACGCAGCUAUCACAACGGUUGUACAUUGGAUGGAAGGCAACAGCUGGUGCCGUGGGUGUGGCAUGGGACAAAAUUCGAAACGAUGGUAUAUUACACGAUUACGAUACCUUGAACUUGACAUGGGUGUUCAGCGAUUGUAUCGAAUCCACUGAUGCAGGAGCACUGAUCAGCUGGGUGGAUAGUAAGGCAGAUGUUGUUCUUGGACCUCCGUGUUCUAACUGUGAGGGCUUCCUUAAUUUCAGUUUCACUUUGUUUUGCAAAAAGUACUGCUGCCUAAAAUACAUCGGUUUCUAUUUCUAG